GUAGGCUCUUUGUAUUUAAAGUUUGAGAGCCACUAGCCUUAGCCAUCAACGCUGUGCAUGCAUCCACAUGCUGUCAACAAGAUAAACCAACAACAACCAGCUGAUAACGUCUGACCUGCAGACACCAGAGACCCCCCAUAUACAGUAUAUAUACACACUGUACUGUAUAUAUACUGUAUGUAUACUGUAUGUGUUCGGUCUAUGGACCCCCCACCACUUCACACGCACGCGCACGUCACACGCGGUGCCGGGGCGCUGCUACGUCACGGGCGGUGCACGCGCAGAGGAGCCGCUGCUGAAGGCCUCUGUGCGGGACGAAGUGGGUUAACGAGGCUAAAGCUACACCGAUCUCCUCUGGUCCACUUUCACUGACCUCUCUUUAACUGCACAGAGGAGUGCACCCAGAACUAGUGUCGUUUUAACAUGAUGGGAUCCAGGGGAAGAGGAGCGGCACCGUGAAGGUACAGUAGCAGGAGGCAUCUGAAAUGUCCGGUCCCACUUGGCUUCCUCCGAGGACUGUGGACAGUCCAGACCGAGCCCCUCAAAUGUCCCACUCCACAGCGUCUGCAAUGUACCGCAGUGUGUCCGGUAAAAAGGGUGCCACAGACUAUCGCCCAAAGUACAAUCCUUAUGAUCAGAACGGAGGAGGAAGUGGGGUCCCCAUGCGGUACAUGGCUACUGGACCUGCAGGCGGGCCGAUCCAUCACCCAUCCAGUGAUCACUAUCCCCCUUCACAUGGUCCUAAAGAUGAUCGCAACUGGAGCCCUCACAUGGACAGUUAUGACAUAAUGCAGCGAAGUCCUGAGAAAAGUCAUUAUCACUCUAAAAUCGAUGCUGACAUUGAUUCUCUCACAAACAUGCUGGCUGAUUUGGACAGUCACCCUCACGAUGCAAGCACACAACUCUAUGACAAUGUGCCUUACAACAAGUACCACUCAGGAGAUCACUACAAACCCACACAUCACUCCGGACCCCCUCCUCUGGGCCGCCCCUCCAUGGCCUAUGCCCCUCAACCCCAAACCCAGUACCACCCUCCUCCUCCUCACUACCCCAGCUCACAUCAGCAGGACUACUAUGCCCCCCAGUCCUCCUCCACCCCUAAACCCUACCCCCAGCCCGUCCCAGCCUCCUACACCACUGCCUCCACCCCUACAGGACCUCGAUUCAGCGUCCAGGUGAAAACAGCACAGCCCGUGACGUACUCCCAAACGGGCAGGCAAGCGGAGCAAGCGUACACUCCUCCACCACCACGGCAACCAGUGACCCGACCGCCGCAAGCUCAGACCGGCCCUGGUUGGUACCCGCCACAUCCAAACUCGCAAGCUCCAGAUCACCAUGUGGAGGCUGGUUAUGGGGCAGGAAGAGUUAAUCAGGUGGCUAUGUCCAAAAGAGGGAUUGAUAACAGUCAAACGGGACAGAGUGGCCCUUAUCAAAACAACAAGCAGGGGGCAGCUGUAACGAGGCCAGAAGAUGAGUUGGACCGUUUGACGAAGAAGCUGGUAUAUGAUAUGAACCAUCCGCCUGCUGAAGACUACUUCGGCCGCUGUGCUCGCUGUGGUGAUAAUGUGGUUGGUGAUGGCAGCGGGUGCAUUGCCAUGGAGCAGGUGUUUCACGUGGAGUGCUUCACCUGCAUCACCUGUCACGCCCGCCUCCGAGGACAGCCCUUCUAUGCCCUGGACAAGAAGAGCUACUGUGAGAGCUGUUACAUUAGUACGCUAGAAAAAUGUUCAAAGUGCUCCAAACCAAUUCUGGAUCGAAUACUCCGCGCGAUGGGGAAAGCCUACCAUCCCCGGUGCUUCACUUGUGUAGUGUGUAACUGCUGUUUGGAUGGAGUGCCCUUCACUGUGGACGCUACCUCUCAGAUCCACUGCAUAGAAGACUUCCACAGGAAGUAUGCGCCCCGCUGUUCUGUGUGUAGUGGGCCCAUCAUGCCUGAGCCGGGUCAGGAGGAAACGGUCAGGAUCGUUGCGCUGGACCGGAGCUUUCACGUCAGCUGUUAUGUCUGUGAGGAGUGUGGACUCUUGCUAUCGUCAGAAGGAGAGGGGCGUGGCUGCUACCCUCUGGAUGGUCACAUCUUGUGUAAGAACUGCAGUGCACGACGCAUCCAGGACCUCUCAGCCAAAAUCUCAACUGACUGCUAAUUAUAACAACAUUUUUUCACUCAGUUCACCAGCACAUUGUAGAGUGCCAGAAACACAAACCCCCUUUUUGCUUUGUCCCUUUCCCAUGUUGUUUAAUUACAGGGCCUAUAUUACAUUCUAUUUUCUGAUAUUAUAACAUUAUAAUGUUGUUUCCUUAUCAAAAACAUACCCGGAGUUGUGUGUGGUUUUAUUCACUCAUGUUUAUCAGACUUGCCCUCACUAGAAUUAUUUGGAUGAUUUCAGCCCUGGAAUAGCUGGUCUCUAUUGAACUAAUAUUAAAAUGAAGCUGUUAAUUUGAAAACUACCACUACAUGACAUCACAAAGUAGAACAAAACAUUUUGAGUUUUGGAGAUGUAGACAGACUAUUAAACCAGGCUUACCCAAACAUAUGUGAUUGAAACAAAACACAACUCCAGUGUAUGUUUUGAUGAGGUAACUACAACAAAGCUUAAAGCUCACAAGAAUCAAUUUUGUGUAAUAUAGGACCGUUUAACAUGUCACUUUAGCUCCCUCUGUUGGUUAGAACCUGCAUUUUCACCCCUAGAUAUUUUCUUUGUUAUUUAACUCGGAUUCAGAUCAUGUUACUACAGUGGCCUGACCUGCCGGCAGUUUGGGGUCCACUAAAUCACAUUGGUACUGCUUAAGUAGCACAAGAAUAUUUUGAUUGUUACUUUGAGAAACAGUUAUAUGAAAUAGGAAUGUAUGACAAAAUAAUACAAAUAUGAAAGCUGACCUCAGUGACGAAGUGUACAAAUCAAAACUGCCUCAACAAUGUUUAAUCAUAGACUGUAUAAAGAAGUGGACUAAGGGAUAUACCAUUGUGUUCGGCUCCAGUCAAAUGAAGCUCACUGAGGCUGCAGUUAAAGGAGCAAAUUUGGAGCCAGGUCCAUAUUAAGAAUAAGAAUUUAUUUACAGACAAAAUGGCGAAAUAAAAACACAAGAAUCAUGUGGAGCAGGUUAAUACGAACAUUUUAAGACCAAAAUGAUGAGGUUCACUGCAGCAGUUAUUGAGAGGCAAUUGGAGCCAGAGGUGAUGGAGCCAGAAGCGCACUCAUGCUAACUCCCUAUUUGAAACUCAGUGACUAGCAGGUUAGCUAUGUCCAUUUAUAUAUACAGUCUAUGCGUUUAACUCAAUCUGUGACUGUACUUGGCUGGAUUAAACUCUAUGGGAAGGAUGUAGCCUGUUGCUGUGAUGUUUUGCAGUGUGGGUAGAUAAGACAUGUAGACGCAAUGAAUGUGUAGUGAAUUCAUCCAAAUCCUUGCUAUUUUUGUUGUUUUUCCUUAAACAUAUUCAAACAAAUAUUCAAACCUGAAUGUUAAACUGACUUGAAACUACUAGUCUAUAAAUAGGGAUGUCAGGAUUAUUAGGUUAAUUGAUAAUGUUGCUUAUUCAGAUGACAAUAUAAUCAUAAGAACUAAAAAUUAAUAAUUGUGAGAAUCAUAAAAAGCAAAAAAAAAAGUUAUUUCCAUUGAAUCUGUACUCAAGAAAUAACACAAUUAAUUAUGGAUGCACUGAUCCAUUUUUUUCAGCUCUGAUACAGAUUUCGAUAUUAUGGCUUUAAAUUGCAUUUAAGUAGAAUUUAUUUCCUUAAAAUAAAUAAAUUAAUUUCCAAAAAAUAAAAUAAGACCAAAUGUGUUAUGUAGCUGUUAUUUAUCUCUUAAGUUACUACAGAACACCUUUGUGAAAAUAUAAGUUCUAACAUUAGACUUUCUGGGCCAACUACAACAAGUAAAUAGUUUUAUUACAUCUGUUUAUAUGUCCCACUAGAAUACUGGCUGAAUCAAUAUUUGGAAACCGAUAUCUGAUUCAGAUAUUGGUAUCGUUGCAUCCCUACUGUUACUGUAAAAUUAUUUUUUAUCUCUCCUCAACUGUACAACUUGAUCAUUCACAAAGUCUGAUUUCACAAACUGGUCACACAAAAUGAAGGAGUUCACUGAUGUUUGGUUGUGGCCUCAAUAAUCAUGAAUCAUUAAAGUUUUGGAGUUGGAGUUUUGGAGUUUUUUGUAAAAUACUAACACAACAUUUUGAUAUUAUGACAUCCCUAUCUAGAAGCUUUGUAGUUCUGUCAGAAUUAUUUUCAAACUGCAAAUGUGUGAUUUUUGGUUGAUAUUGGCUUGUGGCUGAUACUUGACUGUUAUGACAUAAGGUGAUGGUGCAAUGAAGUUAAUGCUUUUGUUUUUUUUGUUUUUUUAUGUAAAGGAAUACAGGGUGUUAAACAGAACAUCCAGUGGAGUGAAGCUUGCAUCUUUAUGUGCCAUUUAAAAUGUGAAACAAAAUAAUUAUUCACAUACACUAAUAUUGCAUUGGACUGUACUUAAAAGGGCCCAUAUUACGCCAUUUUCUGAUCUAUAAUAUUGUUUCCUCAUCAUAAACAUGGAUUUGUGCGUUGUUUCAUUCACACAUUUUUAACACACAAACCCUGCUUAUUUAGGCAGAACACUCUAAAAGCACACUAAAACAGAAAAUCCCCUGUUUCACCUUGUGAUGUCAUGUGGUAAUACAGAAAGCUCUUUUCUGUGUUUUUUAAACUCCAUACACCUAACAAGAAUCUUUUGGAUAAUUUCAGCCCUUGAAAUUGCCAAUCUCUGGUGAACUAAAUGUAAAAGGAGCUGUUAACUUGACAACUACCGCUACAUGACAUCAUAGGGUGGAAGAGAGCAUUUUGAGCUUUGGAGAUGUAGACCGACUAGUAAUAAGGGGUUACUCAAAAGAUGUGUGAAUGAAACAAAACACAACUUCAGGUUUGUUUUUGAGGAGGUAACAACAUUAUAACAUGACUCAAAGCUCACCGGAGUCAAUUUUGCGCAAUAUAGGACCUUUAAAAAUGUACAAUUUUUGAAGAUUAUAAUUUCUUGUACUGUUGACAGAGUACACCUUUAUUUCCGUCCUAUUUUAUACUUAACUUUUUAAAGGGCUAUACACCUCAAAAUGUACCUCAAGGACACCUACUUUUAUCUAUAUUUUUCCUCAAAUCUUUCUCAAUCUGUAAAUAGUGGUACCCCUGCCAAACUGUAAUCAUGUUUUGAUUUUUGUCUAUAAAAGCUGUGAACUUGAUAUUUUUUUGCAGUGAUUAAAGGUGCACUGCGUGACUUUUAUGGUAAAGUCUGCCACCUUCUUGUUGCCAUCAGGAUAUUAUUGCUUUAAAAAUGUUCCAGAAUAUGGCACUAAACAUAUCUAUAUCACUCUAUCACUAAACACAUCAUUUAUUGUUUUUAUUGCUCAAAAAUACCUUGAAAAUAUGCAUUCUUACUGUGAGCGGGGUUGCCUCUCCACAGACCUGACCUGUGAUUCUGGCCUGGUGAACUAAUGUUAAUGCCAUACUGUGAAACUUUCUUGGUAAAAAAAUGACGACAUCUGGAAGAAAAUCUGGUGGCGGACCCUCCAGCAGUUAAAGGUGCAUUGUGUAACUUUUCUGGUGGAGGGUCCGUCAAAUGCUUUGUUUUCUCCUUAGAGAUGUUAUUGCUUUGUCUGGAAUGUUUCACAGUAUGGCAUUAAACCUUUCUAUUUUCAUGGAGACCAAACCAGAUGAAGUUACAGGUCAAAUCUGUGGAGAGGCGACCCUGCUUACAGUCAGAAUUGUUGUUUUUCUAGGUAUUUUUGAGCUAUAAAACCACUUGUAACUGAAUAACAGUAAGGUAGAGAUGUUUAAUGUCAUAUUGUUGAACAUUCCAGGCAGAGCAAUGACAUCUCCAUAGAAACAAACAGAUGACGGACUCCCAACCGACAAGUUGCGGUACACAGUGCACCUUUAAGAGUGCAGUUUGUAGUGAUAAAAUAAAGACUGCAGUAACAUG